UACCCCCAGCGGCCGCUCCACACCAAAAAGGACAAAAAGCCGAAAACAGUUAAAGCUGCCCAUACCCAGCCGAGCCAACGGAGCCAGAAAGCCGAUAACACUAACCAGAGAGCGAGCGCGAAGCGACUGUACAGAGCUGGCAGUGCGGCUAACCGGCGAAACCGGUUAUUAAGUGGGUGACCGUACGGCACAUGGCAGGUUGUUUCCCCCCUCCAAUGGCAGUUGGUACGCAUUUAAUGUGCUGCUUCUACUGAUUGCCUCCCUCCCUCCCUCUAUCCCAAACUUCUCUCUUCUUUCUCUCUCUCUCUAAAAAGCUCUGCAUUUUUCACUACCCACGUUCAAAACAACAAAUCCAAUCCGAUAUCUUCCACAUCCCUCACUCGGUCACUCCUCCGAGAAUUUACGCACCGAAAGUCGAUUCUUCUCCCCCACUAGUUUCGUGGUUUCGGCCGCUCAAAUCGGUUUGCAUUUUGGCUCCUCUUCCUACCCAAACAGGUGCGGUAGUGGUGAUGUCACUCUAAAUUAUAAAAAGGCAUAAGAAAACAGUGAACUGAAUGAACAGUGGAUUCAUUCAUUCAUUCAUUCAUUGUGAUCAAUCCGAGUCCGUGAAAAGAUAUCUUGGAUGGAAUAGGAUACUCUCUCCGUGGCUCAUCCGCAUUUAUGAUUUAACACGUCCUUGAAAAAUACGUGUCAGACUUCAAGCACAAAGGAAUCGCAAUUGGAGCUGGAAAAUUAAUGAGUUUGAUGGCCUUGGGAAGCUUGUUUUCAUUAUGCAGAUUAAUUCGAGAAGUUGGAUUUUAGUACUACAAGCAAAACCCACUUAGAAGUGAUAAAUGAAGAUUUCGGGAACUUGCAAAAUUUACAGAUUUUGGGUAUUGGAUAGUGGAGUUUUUAAGUAGCUUUUUUUUACCUGUUAAUUGGGUUCCUGUAAAUUCAACUUUUAGCCUUACAAAAGAAAGCAAGAAGAAAAUUUGGGAAGGUGGGUCAGAAUGCUGGAGCCUGAGCUUUGUACUCCUCGGAUUCUUUCGCCUUUCCGCGAGGAAAGUGGGGAUGAGGAACUUUCCGUGCUUCCCAGGCAUACCAAAGUUAUUGUUACUGGAAACAACAGAACAAAGUCUGUGUUGGUGGGCUUGCAAGGCGUCGUCAAGAAGGCUGUUGGUCUUGGAGGUUGGCAUUGGCUGGUUCUGAAAAACGGGGUUGAAGUAAAGCUGCAAAGAAACGCGUUGAGUGUGCUGGAACAUCCUACUGGGCAUGAAGAAGAUGACGAUCAUGAUUAUGAUAUCUCUAGCAGUAGUUCUGACAUUGGUGAAAAGGAUAAUGAUUUCUCUACUAGUAUUGAGUUCCACAGACUUAGUAAGCCAAGAAUACGGACAAAGCCUUGGGUAACAUCUGCAUCAGCAAAGUCAACAAAUCGUGGCUGUUACAGAGAACUUCAAUCCAUCCACGCACCUCAAAGAAGGGUAAACUUGGCCAAAUUGGGCACGGACUCAUUGUGGAGAUAUUGCAGACACUUCAGCCUUGUGAGCAGCAAUUUUAAUCCAUCAAGGGACCGAUUGCUUAAUGCCGCUGUGCGGCAUGUCACUCAGCUAGAAGUGGACGAGGCACAAGUGAUCCCUGAAUUUGUUCAUGCUGCCAAGAGACACAAGUCAACUGGCAAACUGAGAUAAAAGGGGAAUUGUGAAUGUUGAGUGCUUGUAUGAUAAUAUACAUAUUAGUUUGUUGACCCCUAACCUUUAGAUGUGAUCCAAUUAGUAGACUGAUAUGAGAGGGUAGUUAGCCAACCAUAUGUAAUCUCUUUCCUGGAUUCUAACCCUGUAAUAUUUGGCCGAUGCCUCUCUAUUAUUAUAUCAGUAGACAGAUAUGUCUAACAUUCUCAU